GCGAUAAGGAGGAUAUUUUUCCCACUUUCUUUCCCGCUUCACUCUUUGCUCUUAACCAUGCUGUGCUCUUUCUCCCAAUCACCAGGUAAAAUCUAGGGUUUUGAUCCGCCGGCCUGAAAGACGCAAAGCAUGGCUUCGUUGAACGUCUUCCCUUCUCUCUACGACUUUCGGCUCACUAGAAAUCCCAAGCUUCCAAGGAACUUCGUUUCGUGCAUUUUUAGCUCUCUUGAGUUGGCCAAAGGUGUGCAAAGAUCAAAAUCUCCACGUAGAAGAUCUAGGACUGAUGGAUCAGGGAAAAGCAUGGAUGAUUCAGUUCAACGAAAAUUGGAACAGUUUUACGAGGGACCAAAUGGACCACCUAUACGAGUACUUCCUAUAGGUGGUUUAGGGGAAAUUGGAAUGAACUGCAUGCUAGUUGGAAACUAUGACCGUUAUAUCUUAAUUGAUGCAGGGGUGAUGUUUCCAGAUUAUGAUGAGUUAGGUGUCCAGAAAAUCAUACCUGAUACUGCAUUCAUUAAAAGAUGGAGCUCUAAAAUUGAAGCAGUUGUUAUAACUCAUGGGCAUGAGGAUCACAUUGGUGCGUUGCCUUGGGUUAUUCCAGCUCUAGAUUCCAAUACUCCAGUUUAUGCUUCGUCAUUCACAAUGGAGCUCAUCAAGAAGCGUUUGAAGGAAUUUGGAAUUUUCAUUCCAUCCAGGCUUAAGGUUUUUAAAUGUAGGGAGAAAUUUCUGGCGGGACCAUUUGAAGUGGAGCCACUCCGAGUAACUCAUUCUAUCCCAGAUUGCUGUGGUUUAGUCCUCCGGUGCAAAGAUGGUACAGUUUUUCAUACCGGUGACUGGAAGAUUGAUGAAUCUCCUUUGGAUGGGAAAGCUUUUGAUCGUGAAUCAUUGGAGGAGCUUUCUAAAGAAGGAGUGACUUUAAUGAUGAGCGACUCAACUAAUGUCCUUUCCCCUGGAAGAACUUUAAGUGAGGCUGUUGUUGCAGAAUCGUUGUUAAGGCAUAUUUCAUCUGUUAAAGGAAGAGUUAUAACGACCCAGUUUGCAUCUAAUAUUCAUCGUAUUGGUAGUGUGAAAGCUGCUGCUGAUUUAACUGGUAGAAAAUUGGUAUUUGUGGGCAUGUCCCUGAGGACUUACUUAGAUGCUGCUUUCAGAGAUGGAAAGGCUCCAAUGGAUCCUUCAACUUUAGUGAAAGUGGAGGACAUCGAUGCCUAUCCACCUAAUGGUUUAUUAAUUGUUACAACUGGCUCUCAGGCAGAGCCGCGAGCUGCUCUAAAUCUAGCAUCCUUUGGAGGUAGUCAUUCUCUUAAACUGACUAAGGAGGAUGUAAUUUUAUAUUCAGCUAAGGUUAUCCCUGGAAAUGAAACUCGAGUCAUGAAGAUGUUAAACCGCAUCUCAGAACUUGGCCCCACCGUUGUAAUGGGUAAAAAUGAACUAUUGCAUACAUCUGGACAUGGCUAUCGUGAAGAGUUGGAGGAAGUUCUCAGGAUUGUGAAGCCUCAACAUUUUCUUCCUGUUCAUGGGGAGCUCUUAUUUCUUAAGGAACAUGAAUUAGUUGGAAAAUCAACCGGCAUCAAGCACACUGCAGUAAUAAAGAACGGGGAAAUGCUCGGAGUUUCCCAUCUCAGGAACAGAAGAGUUUUGUCUAAUGGAUUUGCUUUAUUAGGAAAGGAGGAUUUACAGUUGAUGUAUAGUGAUGGUGACAAAGCAUUUGGAACGUCGGCAGAACUUUGUAUUGAUGAGAGGUUAAGGAUUGCAUUUGACGGAAUAUUAAUUGUCUGCAUGGAAAUCUCACGUCCGCGACAUAUAAAUGGAUCGUCACAACCAUGCUUGAAAGGGAAAAUACGAAUUAGUACCCGGUGUUUGUGGCUGGACAAAGGGAAGUUGUUGGAUGCACUGUACAAAGCUGCACACGCUGCAUUAUCAAGUUGUCCUGUAAAUUGCCCAUUGGUUCACAUGGAAAGGAUUGUAUCUGAAGUACUGAGGAAGGUGGUUAGAAAAUACUGCAGUCGAAGACCUGAAGUCAUUGCAAUUGCUGUUGAGAACACCGUUGGUGCUCUCUCCGAAGAACUCAGGGAAAGAAUAGCAGGAAAAACUUAUGGUGGCUUUGAUUCUUCUGCAAUGAAUCAACAUUUAGAUAUUCGCAUGAGGAAGGAUUCAAGCAGCAGUUUUGAUGAAGAUACAGCAAACGUAAUGAGAAACCUUAUCGAAACAGAGGCUGAAGAUGAUUAUUUUGUGGCUGAGAAAUCACAUGUGGAAGAUCCUUUGCUAGAAUCAGAAGAUUUGGAAGAUGAAAACACAUCUUCUGUAGAACAUGUGAAAUCCAGUAACGCAAGCGGAGGGGAAUCAAUGAAGGUAUCAGAGGCGAAGACUGGUAGUCCCAAACCCGGAAAAAGGAACAAAUGGAAGCCUGAAGAAAUUACAAGAUUAAUUAAAGAACGUGGUGAUUUAAAUAGUAAAUUUCAGACUGUUAGAGGAAGAAUGGCUCUAUGGGAAAAUGUAUCUUCUAUCAUGUCAGCCCAUGGAAUAAUCCGUUCUUCCGCACAGUGCAAGUCUCUGUGGGCAUCCCUUGUUCAAAAAUAUGAGGAAAGUAGAAAUGAUGAGAAAAUUAGAAAGAGCUGGCCUUACUUCAACGCAGUUGAUAAGAUCUUGUCAGCUCCACAAGAGGCAGCAAAAUAAGAAAAGCUGAUAACCUGAUCGGAUAGAUUGUUUAAUCCAUUGGAGUGAAAUAGAAGGCUGCCAUGUCUUUCAUGCUCAGUUUUAGUGUGUAGAGUAGGAAGAAUCGGUGAGAAAUCAGUUUUCAAUCUUCAACAAGUCGUGCACUGCGGAACUAAAACUGGAGGACUACAAUUGCUUUUAUUGGACGCUUCAAGAGGGCAAUAAAAUUUCUUUUUCAUAAAUUUUGGACAGAAAUGUGAUGUCAUGUUUCUUUAAUCUAUACAGUACUGAUCUAGGCAUAACUUCUGCACUAAGUUGGGCCAGACGAUGAGCACUGCUUUUUUUAGCUAUAAGAGUUAUUAGUAUGUCAAACAGUUGCAUUGUAACAACUACUGUAUCCAUUAUUUUUAUUAAUUCUUCAUUGUCAUUUUAAAAUGUUUUUCUAUUA